AUGGCACCGGGAUUGCGCGAGCUUCAUCGUAUGGAGCGUUUCUAUACGAACACGUUGGCCAAUGCGAAGCAAUUUAUGACUGAUUAUGACAGUGAGCAGCACAGCGGACAACUAGAGGGAUGGAAACAGCGAGUUGAUGGACUUUUCCAGAAGUUCGAAGCAAAUCGUCUAGCUAUCGAACUGUUAGAAGAAGAUCAGGAUGAGGAAGAGAUAGGUGAGGAUGCAAAAGGGGUUGAUGAUGACGCGAAGAGCGUCGCCGACGAAAAGCACCGUGUUAUCCAUCAGCGGUUCGAGCUCGAUUACGUUUUGGUUUCCAGUUUCAUUGCAAACGAGAUUCGGAAACUCGCGCUUGCUACCCCUUCUAACCCGCCUCCUCAAGUAGCUGGACAAUCGCGCGUCAAGUUACCCGAAGUUAAACUCCCUACGUUUGAUGGCACUAUUUCGGAGUGGAUCACUUUUCGCGAUUCAUUCAAAUCCCUCAUCGAUUCUAACCAACAGCUCACCCCGUUUGACAAGUUCUCGUAUCUCAUAGCCUCUCUAACUAAAGAUGCAAGAAAGGUCGUUGAAUCGAUCGAACAUUCGGCUGCCAACUACCCGGUCGCUUGGCAGCUGUUGGAGAAGAGGUUUGAGAAUAAGAAACUGAUUCUCAAAACUUAUCUCGAUGCCCUUUUCUCUAUCGACCCCAUGAAAAGGGAAAGCUACGAGUCUCUGAUGCGGUUGGUCGACGAUUUUGAGCGGAAUUUGAGCAUGAUCGACAAGAUGGGAGUUCCAACUGGCGGUUGGAGUGUCCUCCUGGCUCACAUGCUCUGCAGUCGUCUUGAUCCGUCUACGCUGAAGCAAUGGGAGUCACACUACCGGUCAACGGACGUUCCAGAGUACAAGGACAUCAUUGCCUUUCUUCAAGGUCAUUUGUCAGUUUUGCAGUCAUUACCACCGUCCAAGUCACAUUCAUCGGAGUCCAACAGAGCAGAGCAACAGCGUCCAUCGAAGUCGAAGAUCAACACCGUUCACGCCGUGACCAGUCCAGCGACCAGCUCUUGUCCAUUUUGCUCGAAAUCUUCACACUCCCCAUUCAAAUGCGAGUUUUUCCAAGGUUUGGCCGUUUCUCAACGAUUUGACCUCGUGAAGAAGAAAAACCUCUGUAUCAAUUGCUUCUCUUCGUCGCACAUGCUUCGCAGUUGUUCGUCUAGCAGUUGCAGAGUCUGCAACCAGAAGCACCAUACUAUGCUCCACCAAUCGCCCAAUGAUCGCUCCACAACUCCAAGCAAGACAACUACUCCUCCCGUGUCUCGCUCAAGUCUGGUUCCACCGGAAAAUCAAACCGCCUCGCCGAACCAGUCUUCCUCGCAAUCGCAUCCAACGUCGUCGUCCUUGUUAGAAAACCAAAAGCCAUCGUCCUCCGGUACCAGUCUCGUGUCCACCACCGUCGUCGACGCCCCAAGAAGCGCUCCUGCCACCGUGCUGCUGCAAACAGCAAUCGUCAAGGUGUUUUCAACGAAUGGCCACACUCAGUGGGCCAGAGCCUUGUUGGAUCCAGCGUCGCAGUUGAAUCUCGUCACCGAGAGUCUCGUUCAAAGGUUGAAGUUACAUCGCUAUCAGUGCCACCAGGAAAUCGGUGGCGUAGGCAACUCCGCAAUCGUGUCAUCUCAUGCCGUUCUCGUCCAGAUUGGAUCUCACUGCACGGACUUUUCUGUUGAACAACGUUGUCACAUCCUGAAGAAGAUUACCAGAGACCUUCCCAGUAGGUCGCUUGAUGCUUCAGCCUGCACACUACCAUCGAACAUAAUCCUAGCAGAUUCUAAGUUCCAUGAGCCGGGUCCCAUUGAUCUACUACUUGGUAUGGAAUUGUACUACGAUUUGCUACUCGAAGGAUUCACCAAGUUGGGUUCUGAGAAGCCGAUUCUUCAGAACACUGUUUUUGGUUGGGUUGCCUCGGGAAAGAUCGGUUCCAGUCUACCUGAUCGAACUCCAAAGGUUGCCCAUGUAUGCAGCAAACAACCACUCGAUGAGUUAAUCUCACGUUUUUGGGAAAUCGAGUCCUGCUGGUCUCCUAGUACGCAGUCUAUCGAGGAAGCUGCUUGUGAAGACCAUUUCGCUGCUCACACUUUUCGAAAUGACUCGGGUCGGUUUGUGGUGACGCUUCCAAAGCAUCCGUCCAUUCUAGCCCAACUCGGCAGCUCAAAGGAGAUUGCCACCAAAAGAUUUCUCGCUCUCGAACGUCGCCUCGACGACAAUCCCAAACUAAAGGAGGCCUACACUGCCUUCAUAGAAGAAUACCUCCAGCUGGGCCACAUGAGGGAAGUAGACUGCUCUGGAACUUCUUCGCCUGCAGCACUGUCGUACUACUUACCUCACCACGGAGUCGAGAAAGCUGACAGCUCAACCACAAAACUGCGGGUCGUUUUCGACGCCUCAUGUCGGACCGACAGCGGGGUCUCCUUGAAUCAGGCGCUGAUGGUGGGUGCUGUAGUUCAGGACGACCUCUUCGCCAUACAUCUUCGGUUUCGCAUGCACAGGAUCGCCAUUAUUGCAGACAUCGAAAAGAUGUAUCGUCAGAUACGCAUCCAUCCGUUGGACUAUCCACUACAGCGCAUACUGUGGCGUAGUUCGUCAUCUGAACUGUUGCGCACUUUUGAGCUAGCGACGGUGACUUACGGUACAGCAUCUGCUCCCGUUUUGGCCACCAGAUGCCUGAAAGUGCUGUUCAUACAAGGUGCUGAUAAUUAUCCACACGCAUCACUAGUUUUGGGCAAGGAUUUUUACGUGGACGACAUGCUUGCCGGAGUCGACAACGAAGAAGACGGAGCAGAACUUAGCAGUCAACUCCAGGAACUACUACAGUCAGCUGGUUUUAGUCUACGAAAGUGGGCGUCCAACUCCCCAGCUGUCCUCUCGAACAUUCCGGCCGAAAAUCGUGACGAACGGUCGGUGUUUGCUUUAGAUUCGCUCUCGUCUCCGAUUAAGACCCUCGGAAUUCAGUGGAACCCUUCCACCGACACGUCCCGUCUUGCCAAGAUAUUCAUUCAAUCUCUGUGGCAGACUACCGUGUCCUGGGAUGAGCCGCUUACUCUAGAGCAACAGCAAUAUUGGUCCGAGUUUCGUAACAGCUUAGAGGAUAUCACAUCGAUUUCCAUUCCUCGAUGGGCAGCAUUUGCUCAUAAUCCUGUCGUGGUAGAGUUGCAUGGGUUCUGCGAUACUUCAGAGAAGGCAUACGGGGCCUGCCUCUACAUUCGAACGGUGUCAAGUGAUGGCACCAUUUCCGCCAGACUACUCGCCGCCAAAUCGAAGGUGGCGCCUACAGGAAAAUCGAAAAAGCAGACCACGCUCACCCUACCCAGAUUGGAACUUUCAUCAGCGUUACUUCUAGCUCACCUGUACCACAAGGUCACCGAAAGCGUCGAAUUGAAAACGAAGUCGUUCUUUUGGACGGAUUCCAUGAUUGCUCUCUGUCAGAUUCGCUCGCCACCAGCUCGUUGGAAAACCUUUGUAGCGAAUCGCGUUUCAGAGAUCCAACGCCUGACGGUCGGCGGAACUUGGGCUCAUGUACCCGGUGCUGAAAACCCCGCGGACAUUAUCUCGCGUGGUAUGAGCCCCGCGCAACUGAAAGAUACGCCAGCCUGGUGGAACGGAUGCCAGUGGCUAAGUCAACCAUCUCGUUUCUGGCCUCCCAUCAACCGUCCUAUCCCCGAGGAUCUACCUUCUACCGAGCUCGAGGAACGCUCGGUCUCAUUGCCAGUGCAAGCCACACUAUCCAGCGAAAUAUUCGAGUGUCGCUCAUCGUUCUCCAGUCUAGUUCGGGUAGUUGCCUUUCUACACCGCUUCCGGCACAAUGCUUCGCCUCGAAAUCGAAAUGCUCGAAAGGUCGGGCCUCUCAGCACCUUGGAGCUGAACAAUGCUACCAAGACGCUCGUAAAACUUGCUCAACACGAAGCCUUUGGAGCAGACAUUCUCGCCAUCACAUCCAAAGGACAAGUCAGCUCCCAUUCUGCCUUGAAAAACCUCGCUCCCAUCCUAGUUGAUGGGAUUCUUCGUGUUGGUGGUCGUUUACAUCACGCAGCUGUUUCCGAGGACAGGAAACAUCCCAUGAUUCUUCCAGCUCGUCAUACACUCACAGAACGCAUUCUGGUUCACUACCACCUGAAAAAUCUUCACGCCGGCCCCCAACUUUUGGUAGCCUGCGUGCGGGAGAAAUAUUGGCCUCUCCGAAUCCGAAACUUGGCUCGGAAGGUUGUACACUCCUGCGUGAAUUGCUUCCGCUGCAAACCCACCAAUCUCGAGCAGCUAAUGGGGGACUUGCCUCCUGAGAGAGUGACACCAACUCUACCGUUUUUGAACACUGGUGUAGAUCUGUGUGGGCCCUUCCAGUUUCGAAAGCUGCCUAGAGCCCCUCCAGUGAAAUGCUACGUGGCUAUUUUCGUUUGCCUUGUCACAAAGGCUGCACACGUAGAACUUGUGUACGACCUCAGUACAGCCGCAUUCCUGGCGGCGCUGCAACGUUUCGUCGCUCGCAGAGGGCGACCAAAGCUUAUCCAGUGCGACAACGCCACAAAUUUCAAGGGAGCAGCAAAGGAACUCGCACAACUACGCAAGCAGUUCUACGAUCAGAAACAUCAGGCAGAAGUAAUCAGCACGUGCGCAGAUGAUGGCACCGAAUUCAGGUUCAUCCCGCCCCGCAGUCCCAAUUUCGGGGGAUUGUGGGAGGCGGCGGUGAAAUCGUUUAAGAAGCAUCUUCGGGCCACUAUUGGAAAUUCGGUGCUUUCUCAGGACGAGUUUGUGACACUACUAGCUCGCAUCGAGGCUUGCCUGAAUUCUAGGCCAUUGACUGCGCUCUCGGCCGACCCUAAUGACCUGGAGGUCUUGACUCCGGGACAUUUUCUCGUUCAUCGGCCGCUCACCGCGUUUCCUGAGCCCAACCUGUCCGAAGUACCGAGGAACCGCCUCGACCGGUGGCAGACGAAUCAGGAACUACUCCGACGCGUUUGGAAGCGUUGGACCAUCGACUAUCUGUCAGGCCUCCAUCCACGUACUAAGUGGACUCAACAGCGCGACAACAUUGAGAUCGGCACUUUGGUGUUGGUCAAGGAACAACCUCCCACCCUUGAAAUGGAGGUACGGCCGUAUCAUCCGAGUCUGCCGCGGCACGGACAACAACAUCCGUGUAGUCAUAGCGCGGACUGCCGAUGGCGAGUAUACCCGAUCAAUCUCGAAGAUAUGCGUUCUACCUGUACGCCAGCCUGCAUUGAACGAUGCCGGCUCAAUCAACCCAAACUCAGAGGACUGAGUUUCGUCCAUCGCAUUGCUUCGGCAUUGCGCAACGUGGAGGCCUUCGGGCCUCCGACCAUGUAA